GAAACUCUGUGGCAGUACACGUCAAGUAGCAGCUGCUUCGGGGAACUGCAGUGGUGUUCGGCAUCCAAGCCCCAGACCGUGCUCGACCUCGCCGAAGCAAUUCCCGGAAACCCCCGUCCCCGGUCACAAUACGUUGGAAUGACACCAAAAUGAUGAUAUUCGAGCUUUAAUUUCCAGAAUCAACGAGUAGAGUUUCGAGGCCCUGAACAUCACCUCGUGCAAACCAACAAACCCUGCCUGCACUACUUGCCGUCUUUUGCAGCACCCUACGACCACCUCAUCACUUGACCCGACAUGGCGAUGCUCCAGGCUCUUCGGCUAGGCGCCCAUACCUGUGUGAAAUCAGGCUCCCGAGACCUUGCGACCCUAUCCGCAUCACACUCUGCCAGCGUGGCAUCUCGAAGCCACAAAGUGGCAAUAGUUGGCGGCGGCAGCGCUGGCCUAACUAUAGGACACCAGUUGCUGCGCACAGGUGCCUUCCGGGCCCAAGACAUUGCCAUUGUCGAUCCAAACGAGUGGCAUCACUAUCAGCCAGGGUGGACCUUGGUCGGAGGCGGCCUCAAGGACAAACGACAGCUGCGAGCACGGCUCUCGUCUCUUGUGGAUCCCAAGAUCAGCCUCUAUGCGCAAGGCGUCUCGAACUUCACCCCCGAGCAAAACACAAUCGACCUCAUCAAUGGCCAUCGAAUCACCUACGACCAGCUCGUCGUCUGCCCAGGGAUCAAGGUCGACUUCAAAAGCAUCAAAGGCCUGGAUGAGGCCGUACACGAUCCACAUUCGCCGGUUUCGUCCAUCUACAGCUACGACACAUGCGACAAGACGGCCCGCAACAUUGCAAGCUUCAAGAAGGGCAAGGCGAUAUUCACUCAUCCCGCUGGGGUUGUCAAGUGUGCCGGCGCCCCUCAGAAGAUCAUGUGGCUUGCACUGGAUGGUUGGCGGCGUGCUGGUCUCUACAACCCGGGUGACCCCUCCAAGUCCGACACUCAGAUCACCUUUGCCACCGCGAUGCCCGUCAUGUUUGGCGUCCCCAAAUACAGCCAAAGACUCAACGAGUUGAGGGAGCAACGAGCUGUCGACGGCCUUUUUGAGCACGACCUUGUUGGCAUCAACGGGAACACUGCCACUCUAGCCAAGCCAGAUGGAUCUCUAGUAGAGAAGCAUUUCGACCUUCUGCACGCCGUGCCUAAGAUGAAGCCAUAUGAUUUCGUCAAAGCUAGCUCACUAGCGAACGAGUCAGGCUUUGUUGAUAUUGAUCAGGCUACUCUGCAGCAUAACACCUACGGCAACGUCUGGUCUGCUGGCGAUGCCUCGGGGCUGCCGACAUCCAAAACGGCGGCAGCAAUCACUGCGCAGGCACCCGUUCUUGUUUCGAACCUCCUGAGCUCGCUCGAUAAGAGGCCUUUGCAGGCUGUGUACAACGGCUACACGUCGUGCCCGCUCCUGACCGAGUAUGGCAAAGUCAUGUUAGCAGAGUUCAAGUAUGGAGGCACGCCGCACGAGACCUUUGGCACCUUUGUGGACCAAGGAACCCCGAGGAGGGCUUUCUAUCACCUGAAGAAGGACUUCUUCCCCUGGGUCUACUACAAAUUCAUGGUGGAGGGAACGUGGGCAGGCCCGAAGGGCUGGAAGCGAUGAUUCGUGGGAUUUGGCACACUGUGUGCAUACUUGCUUUCAUGGAAUUGCACCGAAAGUUCUACAGAGCGGUAUGUUCUUAACUUCUUGAGAGGCUACGGGCAAAGUGGUGGGGUUUAUA